GAGUUACGGGGGCCCGUAAUUGCCCUAUACGCUCAGUGAUUACAGGAGCCGUGAGUGCGCCGCCACUGCAGCAGUAGCACACAUUGAUCCGCGAGUUGUUCCUCCUCCUGUGCGCUUCCUGUCGAGCCCCCAGCGCAGGGAGCGGGGACCAGCCUGCCUCCCGUCCUAUAUCAGGACCACCUCCACACAGUGUGGGCCACACCGGGUUCCUCUGAGUCCGCCCCGAGGAGCUUUACCAGGCGUUUAGCAGUCCCGUGGAUCGCGAUCAUCACUUACAAAAUGCUGGUGUCCCUGGCCAUCCUCCCGCUGCUCCUGGUACCAGCACUCACGGUGCCCACCGGAGACAACUGGGAGCCCUGGGGGCCGUACGGAGAAUGCAGUCGCACCUGUGGCAGCGGCGUUACCAUGAGAACCAGACGCUGCAUCACCCAGAGGACGGACGGCGGACACAACUGUGUGGGUCCCAACAAGUCUUACAGCUCCUGCAACGUCCAGGACUGUCCGGAAGGUUCCAGGGACUUCCGUGAGGAGCAGUGUUCUCAGUUCGACGGGACCGACUUCCAAGGCAAACGCUACAAGUGGCUCCCCUACUACGGAGCGGAGAACCCGUGCGAGCUGAACUGCAUGCCGCGCGGGGAGAACUUCUUCUACCGCCACCGCAGCUCCGUGGCCGACGGGACGCCCUGCCACCCGGGCCGCCGCGACGUCUGCGUGGGCGGAGUCUGCAAGCGUCUGGGCUGUGACCUCCUCCUGGAGUCCACCCAGCAGGAGGAUGCGUGUCUUCAGUGCGGGGGGAGCGGCCAGUCCUGCCGCCGCGUCCAGAACACCUUCUCUGUCCAGAGCCUGCCCAACGGUUACAACCAGAUGUUCAUCAUCCCUGUAGGCGCGACCAGCAUCCGCAUCACAGAGACCACGCCCACUCGCAACUACUUCGCCAUCAAGAACCUGCGGGGGGAGUACUACCUGAACGGCCACUGGGUCAUCGAGUUCUCCCGCUCCACCCCCGUGGCCGGCACCGUGCUGUACUACCAGCGCGGACCAGAGGGGGGCAACACGCCCGAGACCAUCAUCGGCCGCGGCCCCACCACCGAGCCCCUCGUCAUCGAGAUGAUCAGCCAGGAGCCAAACCAGGGGGUCGAUUUUGAGUACUACCUCCCCAACGGACGCUCCCGGCAGGGGUACUUCUGGAGCUACGGCUCCUGGGCGGCCUGCAGCAAGGAGUGUGGAUCAGGCUUCCAGUCCCGUCUGGUGUUCUGUGCCAUCGAUAACGAGGUGUUCCCCGACUACCUGUGCGCCUCCCUGCCCCGACCCUCGAGCAAUCGCACCUGCAACGCCCAGGCCUGCCCCCUGACGAACAGCUGGACGAUGGGGGAGUGGAACACGUGUUCGGUCACCUGCGGGGGGGGCUCCCAGCUGCGCAGCGUCCAGUGCGUGUCCCAUGAUGCAUCUGGGCCCCGCGUGGUGGAGGACGCCGUCUGCGCGGCCUUCUCCAAGGCCCCGCCCACUCUGCAGACCUGCAACAUGCAGAGGUGUGCAGAGUACAGCGUCAGCAGCUGGAGCCAGUGCUCGGUGUCCUGCGGGGCCGGGGACCAGACCCGGGAGGUGACCUGCGUGGGGUCCGGGGGGAUGAGGCUGGAGGAGGCGGCCUGCAGCGCCUUGCCCCGCCCCCUCGCCACCCAGGCCUGCCAGAUGGCGCCCUGCCCACGCCGCGCGAUUGGCUGGCACGUUGGAGACUGGGGACUGUGCUCCCGGAGCUGCGGCGGGGGUCUGAGGGACCGCCGGGUGAUGUGCGCCGACGCCGACCGGAACCUGUACCCCGUGGAGCAGUGCUCCGCCCAGCCCCAACCGGCCGCCGCCGAGAGCUGCAAGAGCCAGGCCUGCCGCCGGCCACAGCUGGUUCCCAGCGUUCAGGACCCCACAGGACAUGACCACACACAGACCGGAUUCACCCCCUACGUUCCAGACGUGCCCACCACAGGCCACGGCUCAGCGACCGGCACCGUGCACGACCCCCACAGCUCCGCCCCCGCCAUCCACUGCAGCCAAUCACAGUACGGCUGCUGCCCUGACGGACGCGUGGCGGCCGGCGGGCCCCGCGGCCUCGGCUGUCCCCGGGUGCAGGAGCUUCCGGUGGCCCCGCCCACCGACGCCCAGCAAUACUGCACCGGCACCAGCUAUGGCUGCUGCCGUGACGGAGUGACCCCGGCUCAGGGCCCCAGCAGGGAGGGCUGCCAGGAGCACGCGGCAGCCGCACCGACCGCGGCGGUGGCGGCGUCCCUCCCCACCACCAACGCCCUGCAGUGCCGCACCACCGUCUUCGGCUGCUGCUACGACCGCGCCACGCCCGCGGGGGGGCCCAACGGAGAGGAGUGCCCCGCCCACCACCUGGAGCGCACCGUCUGCACGCUGCCCAAGGCCGCCGGCUCCUGCGCCGACUGGACCGCCCGCUUCCACUACGACGUCAUCGCCGGCAAGUGCGUCCACUUCUGGUACGGGAACUGCCACGGCAACAACAACAAUUUCCUGACCCGCGCCGAGUGCCAGCAGGCGUGUCCGUCCGGACCGGCGUCGGCCCAGUGGACCCCGGGGCCCGCCCCCAUCGGCCCCGCCUCCAGGGGCCCCGCCUCCAGACCUCCAGCAGGGGGCGCCACCUCCGUCUCUACCUCCACCGCCGUCGGUGGCGGCGGCGCCACGCCCGGUGUGGGCCGCGACAUGGGGGGGGUCUUCACGGCCCCGGGUGGGGCCGGGGUCACCCGGCAGGGGGGCAACGCCGCCUCCCACGCACACCGCGCCCGCCUCCACCUGCGCCCCCGUCGGCCCACCUUCGGGACCGCGGCGCAGAGCGCCGGCCCGGCAGCGAGUCUGACCCUAGGUGGGGGUGUGACCAUCGACCCGUCGGACCCGUCCCGGGUGGAGGCCCUGGUGGGCCAGACGGCGGUGCUGCCCUGUAGGGUGAGCCCCCCGCCCUCCUCCACCCUCAUCGUGGAGUGGCGGCGGGACGGAGAACCGCUCUCCACCCGCAGACACCACCAGCAGCCUAAUGGCUCCCUAUUGGUCGGUCCGCUCAGCAUGGCCGACGCCGGGUGGUACCUGUGUGUGGCGACGCAGGACCGAGAGCGAGACCACCGAUACAUCUACCUGUCUGUCUCAGAGGGAUCUCAACCCAUUCCAACAGACCCACUCCCGGGUGACGGACCUUCACCCAGGUUCAGCAUCCAGAGCUCCGCCCCCUCGGUGAUGGAGCUGCGGUCCGGCCAGACGGCCACUCUGCCGUGUCACAUCCUGCCGGCCUCCGCCCUCUCCUCCGUCACCAUCCACUGGACCAGAGAGGGACACACACUGACGGAGUCCAGAAUUACCCAGAAUUCCGAGGGCACGCUGACCAUUGGCCAGCUGAGGUCAGGUGACUCAGGGGUUUACACCUGCACAGCGUCCAAUCAGAAGCAGCUGGAACAGAGACAGCUGCAGCUCAGGGUGAAAGCCGACCUGCGGAUCACCACGGCGCCCACCAACGUCCACGUCACCCAGGGCGACACCGCCGUGCUGCCCUGCGUCGUCUCCGGGGACAACGUCAACGUCGGCUGGUCCCGGAACGGCGUCCCGGUGCGGGCCGACGGGGUGAAGGUGCGGGCGUCGGCCGACGGCAGCCUGGUGGUGAGCGACGCCCAGCCGGCCGACGAGGGGACGUACACCUGCAACGCCUACACCGGCAUCUACUCCGUCAGCGCCGCCGCCGAGGUCAAGGUCACGAGGAGGAGCCAGCAAGUGGACCUCCCCCCGGACUGCGUGGACCAGCCCGACCUGGCCAACUGUGAGCUCAUCGUCUACGCCCGCCUCUGCUCCAACUCCUACUACUCCAGCUUCUGCUGCGGCAGCUGCACCCGCCACGCCCGCUCCACCCGCAGGGCCCAGCCGCGGGGCUAGGGCCCCCAAGACCCCCCAGGACCCCCCCAGGACCCCCCCCCCAGGACCCCCAGGAUGCUGCUUACCUCUGGGGGGGGGGAUGCUGCCUUCACAGGAUCCCAUUGAAAAGACUGAAGGUACCGCUCACUAGGGUCGGAGGUCAAAGGUUGCGGUCCGACCAGCGGUGGGACAGCAGGCGUGGCUCCGUAGAGACGCUGAGACGGGGUUGGGUUUACACAAAACAAGGGAUCAGCGUAGCGAUGAGGGCCUGGUGAAGUCAUGUCUUCAUAAGUAGAUUGUAAAGGUCACUCCAGGUCAGAUGGGGGGGGCUAGAGAUGGUGAGGGGGGGGGGGGGGCAUCUGGGGUCAGGAGGCGGUGGGGUUUGGGAGGGGGGGGUCUUGGGAAACCAGGAAGAUAGCGUUGCAUUUCGAGCACGAACUUUGGAAUCUGGACGGCGUAAAAAGAAACGUAUCAUCAAAGACAUUCGAAUUAUGAAGAUGUUGAUGUAACUGAGAACCUCAAAAUGAGUAGAAAACUACUGAUUAACCUGAAAUUGAGUAGAGAAAUACUGGUUCUCAGUCAGCAGAAGACUACAUCAUCUACGGCAUAAACUCUGUUCAGAGUGUAUUUGAAGACGAGUACAUGUCAUGGACAGCCUUCCUUCUCACUGUCGCCCCCAUCUGUUCAGUAGAGGUUUAUCACACUUUUCAAAGCAUUGGUAUUUUAAAGAGGGCGCUGUAUGUUUUAUUCAGAUUAAUUAAGUUAAUGUGGUAAGUGUGAUUGAUUCAUUUUAUUUCAUUUGAAAUACUCUGCUAUUUGCUGCACUGUACGAUUUUAUUUUUAUUAUUAUAUGUUUUGGCUAUAAUGAGACAGUCUAAUUUAAUGGCCAUGCACUGCCACUGUCUUUCUUGAGAACCAUCUUUUAUAUUUUGACUCCAUGUUUCUGUUCAUUUUGUAAUAUUUUUAUAAUAAGAAUCAUAUUUUGAUAACA